AUGGAGUUGUGGAGGUCGGCGCCGGCCUCUUGCUCGGGCUUCGACUCGGUUUUCAAUGAGAUUGACGAGGACAUUCGACGAUUGCAACGAAAAGGAUCAUCCAAUACUGUUGGUGCUUUCUCUUCUCCGGCCUCAUCGAGUGCAAAUUUACACGAAAUGGACCCGCCACUGCACCAGAUGGCGUCGGUGGCUCAAUUUCAGAGAUUACGCGAGCUGUGCAUUGCUGUCCAGGAAUCAUCGGAUCAAGUGGAACGCUUCCGAGCACGAAUCGACCCGGAGGGACCGCUGAAAAACGACUACGAUCGCUAUCAAGAUGCCUCGAUUCUUCAAAACCAGGAGCUGUUGGUCGAACUGUUAAGGAGGCAAAUCAGCGAGUUGCGCAAAAGGAUCGCUCGACGGCGAAUUCUCAUCGCUGACAUUGUUGAGGAGAAGAUAGCACGAGAAAUAAAGAUGAAACAAUUGGCGAACGAUGUGGAAAGAGCAAAGGAUAAAGCAAGUCUUGAUGACGACGAGAUCUUGCGAGUUGGCCGACACUGUGACAUCAUGCGGACGUUGAUCAAGAAGAGGAGACGGGAAAUGAUCGAUGAGCUCUUUCGAGCCUACAAGAUUCAGGUUGACAUGCUCCAAUCGCCGACGAUCAACGGGAAGAAGCCCUGCUCGUGUAUUCAAGUGGAUUCAAUUGCGGGAGUGCACUUGCCUCGAACGGAAUCGAUACUCACUCAUCCGGAGCCGGAAGUCGCAGCAGCACUCGGCCACGUGGUGAAUCUGAUGCGGUGUGUGAUGUGGGUGCUCGAUACUCCUUUGCCGUUUCCGCUGACUUUUGUCGGAUCGAGAAGUCAAGUGUAUGAUGCGAGGAAGGAUAAGAAAUAUUCAUUGUUCGGAAUGAAGAGCAAACUGGAAAGAGCGCAGCUUGAAUUCGCCAUGCAACUUCUCAACGCGAACAUUCGUCAAUUACGCCUGCAUUUCGGCUUCGAUACGCAAAGUCCGACUGGGACGCUCAAGUUGCUUUUUGAGAUCCACCAAUGGAUUGUCGGGAAUAAUUUGCGUCCAUCACUCGAUCGUCCUUUUACAUCUGUAUUCUCUCCGGCUGCGUUGAUCGAACGGAGAAACAGCGAGGAAACGAUUGCGGAUAAUGUCAGAAACGAGUCGACUCGCCUCUUGCACACUUUGGAUGUCUCUCAACUGUGCAUCGACGAUUUACCGCCGACAAAUGCUUAUCGGGAGAGAACAGUGACUAUCGGCGAGGAGGCAGUGGAUUUGGAUGAAGAGUCGCCCGCGACGAAAUCGACCAAUUCUUUCAUCGACACCGCCAUCGGGCUG